GACUGGUUCCUGAUCUGACUUCUGACUCUGAGUUCUGACGGUCUUUGGUUAGAUCUUGAUUCUCUGAUUCUCAACUUAUUCUUUGUUCAAUGCCCAAUGGUUGUUAGCUUGUUACUUUACUGAGGGACUGAUGAUUAAUUAAAAUGGAAGUGGGUGAUAAAAGUGGUCUAAGUUUAAUUUUGUCUGAAACUGAAUUAGUGAAUAUUCCGAACGAAAUUGCUGAAAAAAUCAAUAAAUACAUCGAUCAGGAGUUCGGAGAACAUCUAACCGUCAAAGCUUUACUUGAAAGUACGAAGUGUCAAUUCGAUGAAAAAAUCAAGACAUUUGAAGAUACUCUUUUAGAAACUACCUCAAAAUAUGAAGACGCAACAAAGAAAUUACUACUCGCUGAAGAAACUAUUACAAAGUUGGAAGAUAAUCUCAAAAUCAUCACCACAGACUUACAAAAAUCGCAAAAUAGGGUCAUAGUUAUCGAAAAUGAGAAUAUCUCCUUAAAAAGUGCUAGAGAUGCAGCAGUUGCUGAAAAAAAUGAUCUAGCACGAAUUGUAGAAAGGUAUAACAUGGAAAUUGAAAGGCUAACUGCAAACGAAGUAUCACUGUCGAAACAAUUGCGUGCAGCAAUAGAUGCAAAAUGUGAAGCUUGGGCCUUAAAUGAUGAAAUAAAAAGCAAAGAAAAUUCUCUCCAGUAUCGUGAAAAGCAAAUAGAACAAGAGAGAGCUUCAUUAAAUUCACGAAUUAACAGCUUAACAGAUGAAGUUGAUAGACUUACAUCUGAAUUACAAACUGUUAGACUGAACAACACUAGCAGGGUUGUUAAUUUAGAAACUCAACUUGCCGCAAAAGUGCAGGAACUUAAAAUUGCUAAAGAUCAAAUAACUGAGCUUAACGAAAUUAACAAAAAGCUUAAUAACCGAGUUGAGAAACUAACACACAGAUUAAAAGAACAGGGCGAGUUAGAAAACAAAAUGGCUGAAAACUACAAAAUGGAAUUGGAAGCAAAAACCAAAUUAGCUGACUUGUUCAAAUCAAUGCAUGAUGAUGCUGAAGCUAAAACAACAGAGCUAACUGAGGGGAUAUUAGAAUUACAAAAACUACUAAAUGAAGCUACUGAAAAAUAUGGUGAUUUAGAAACAAAAUUCAAACAAGCUGAAAUAGAUCAGGAAGAAUUAAUCGAGAAGAAAAAUGAAAUUAUAUCUUCUUUGAAGACGGAAUUGGAACAUGCAAAUGACUUAUUAAAAGCUUCUCAUGCUCAAAAUCUAGAAGCUGCAGUUAGUGAGUUGGCACCUUCCGCUGCAGCUGCAAGUAGGCUUAUAAAAUCUGGAAUGACUUUAACACAAAUAUAUUCACAAAUUGUAAAAAUCUCAGAUGAACUUGCUCGAGAAAAGGAAGAAAAUAGGCAGUUGAAUUUAGCGAUCAAUUCAAUAGUGCAGGAGCUUGAGGAAAAAGCACCACUUUUAAAGAAAGAAAAGACUGAAUAUAUUGAAGCUAUGGAGACUAAUACUGCAUUGUCGCAACAAAUUGAAUCUCUUACAAUUGAGUGCAAUAGACUUAGAGAUGAUUAUAGUGAAACAUCUAAGAUUGCAAGUCAUUAUAACAGAGAAAACACUAAGCUCAAGGGUGAAUUGGCUGAUUUAGGUAGACAAGUUUGCUUUUUGUUGAAAGAAAUAGAAUAUAGCCGAGGGGGGCUUGUAAAUGGUGAUCAUGAUUCUUCUCACAGCAAUACGACAAGCUCUUCUGAUUUAAAUAGCUCUCGUAUGAUAUCAAAAACUCUUGUAACAUUUAGCGAUAUUCAAGAGCUUCAAAGUAACAAUCAAAAACUUCUUCGAAUGAUUAGAGAACUAACUGAUAAGCAGGAAGAAUUAGAACAGCAAAGGGAACAAUUUGAAGGUGGUGCACUUGAAAAUAAAUACGAAAAUUUGAAACAACGAGUCGUUGAAUUAACAGAAGCCCAAGAUCGACAGAUUAAAAUGAUAAAUGGUCUUAUAAGACAAAGGGAUAUGUUUAAGAAAUUAUAUCAUGAUCAAAUGAAAGGUAAACGCCUUGAUGAGUCACUCUUAGAACAAUCAGGAUUGGAAAGAAGUGAAUCAAUCUCUGCAGAAAUAACUCAAGAGACAACAGGACAGAAAGUUAGUAAUAAUGAAGUUACUAAGAUUGAAGGUAAAUUGAAAGAGGCAGAAAAACAUUUGGAAAUGUUAAAGGAAGAAUAUAAAGUUUAUAAACAGGAAAAAACUGCAACAGAGAAAAUGUUACUUGAACAGGCUGAAGUCAUGAGACAGGAGAUAGUCAAGCUUACUGCAGCUAAUAGUAAAAGUGCUUCGACAUUAGAAUACAAUGAUGAACGCAUUAAAAUUUUACAGACAAAUAUAACAACAUACAAAAAACAAAUAUCAACAUUGGAAGAAAAGAACGAAGCCUGCAAUACUACGAUUGCUAAACAUGAAGUUUCUCUGCAACACUUAAGAGAUGAGUUCUUAAAUACCCAAGGAAAGCUAAAAGCAGCUGAGGUGCAAAUUCAAAAUUUAAAAACAAGUAAUAAAUUACUUAAAGAUGCUGAGCUGAGACUUCAAACUGAAAAGGAAGUGUUGAACAGAGAAAGGCAAGGGCAAAGUGUGUUGCUUAAAAACCUAGAAUUAAUAAAGGCUAGUUUAGAAAAGAAUGAUGCAGAUAAUCGCAUGAAAAUAGAAUCUAGGCUGGAUGAAGCCACUCGUGAAUGUGCAGCUUUGAGAAGGAGAUUACAGGAAGAACAGGAUAGAUUCAGAGAGCUGUCUAUCCAUCUUGAACGUGAGACAGAAACCGCAAAAGCAAGGAUGCAAGAAGAAAAGGAUGCUGCUGACAUAUUGAGAACAGAGGUACAGCAAUUAAAAAUCAAUAUUUCUGAAAAAAUUAAAUUAAAUGAGGACCUUUCCGAAAAGCUCAAAUCAGGUUUGGGGUCGGUAACGGAUGAUUCCCUUAUCACAUCCAAAAAAAUUCGGGAACUUGAAAUCAAACUGUCUGAUAAGGAUCAUGAAAUAAGUUCUUAUGUUGAUCAGCUUAAUAAAGCCAAUGAACAUAUUAAGCAGUAUUGUAAUAUUGCAGAAGAUUCAGAAAAUAAUUUGAAUAACCUGAAUAAGGAAUAUGAAAAUUAUAAAUUGGAAACAAAUGCAAAGCUUGAACGUAAUGCUAAGCAAUUGCAAGUUUUGGAAGAAAAGUGUGCCGAACUUGAAGCAGAAAUAUCACUACAGGGGAAUGGCGAAUAUUCAAAUAUUAAUGAUACUUUGAGAAAUGAAAUUGAAGCUACAAAAGAAGAACUUACGAAUAUCAAGGCAAACUACGAAGAAUGCCGUAAAGAUCUCGAUGUUGCUCGUACUGAAAUUAGUAGUCUAUCAGAAGCCGUUCAAAAAGCCGAGGAUAAAUACAGCCAUGAAUUAAUGUUGCAUUCCUCUGAUCUAAAGUUACUAUCUAAAGCGAAAGAAGAUUUAUCCAGAGUAGAAAAUGAACUGAAUGAAAUGGUAACCCUAAAAAAUUCAUUAGUAGAAAAAGUAGAGACUCAAGAAGCUGCUUGGGCUGAAAAGGAAAAAGUUUUAGCUAAAGAAAAUGAAGAAUUAGUACAGCGCUUAAAAGAUCUUAAUGAUCAGAAUUCUUUGUUACAUGAUCAAAUCCAAGCAUUGGGGACACAGCUAUCGGUUAGUCAUACAUCUAAAUCAUUUUCUGAAAGCAUAAAUGAGUCUGCCAAUGACUCCAACAUUAAUAUUUCUGUUCAUGAAGAUGACGUAAGGUCUUCUGAACAAUUAUUCCAAAUAGUGAAAUUCUUACGAAAGGAGAAAGAUAUCGUUAUGGCUAAGUUUGAAAUGUUACAAGCUGAAACGAGAAGGUUAAAAUCUCAGCUAGAAAUAAACGAAAAGCAAUUAGAUGAAAGUAAGUUAGCUUUAGCAGCAGAAAGGGAACGGUCUGAGGUCACAAUGGUGACUGUCGACAAACAGUCCGAUAUUUUAAGGAAAUUAGAAGCAUUCAAUGCCAUUACUGAUAGUAAUAGAUUCUUGAGAGAAGAAAGCGCUAGUCUAUCAGCUCGUGUAGAGGACCUAACCAAGCAAGUUAAAAUAUUAGAGGAUGAAAUGACGCCAUUACAAGACAAAAUUAGUGAUUUAACUUCUAAGAAUGAAACUUUACAAUCUGAAAAUAAAUCCCUUAAGGCCGACUGUGCUCGGUGGAGAUCUAGAGUAAAUUCUUUAGUAGAACGUGCCAAUAAAACUAGUCCAGAAGAUUGGAAACGCCUACAGAAUGAAAGAGAAACUUUAGCCAAAAUGCUAACUAUCGAAAAAGAAAACAAUCGGAAAGUUACUGAAGAGCUCAGCGCAGUUAAAAUUGAGAAAAUAAAAUUGGAAGAACAAUAUACAUCAAUAUCGUAUCAACAGAAUAAUUUAAUAGAAGAAAAUAAUAAGCUUCGUGAAGAGCUACGAGUUAUUAAAGAAGAAAUGGAGAAGCUUUCAGUAGAACUGGCUAGAAUAAAGAAUGAAAAUACAUCUAUAACCGAUGCAAAUACUAAAAUGACCGAAGAUUUGUCUAGCAAGGAAGCAUCUCUUACUGACAUACGAAACAAAGAAAUGCAAAUACGUAAAAUAGCUAAAAAAUAUAAAGGACAAUACGAGGAACUAGCCAAGACAGUAGAAGAAGAAAAGAAAAAACUUGAAAGUGAUGCUGCUGCUGCGGAAGUUGCUAUGGCGAAUAAUGUCAAACAGAUUGAAGAGCAGCUAAAAGAGGUUCAGGCUAAACUAGAAUUAGAAAAAACUAAUAACGAUCAACUAAAACAAGAGUUAGAAGUUCUAAGAACCGCGAAUUUGGAUAAAGAAGAGAAAGCUAAGGCAGUUUUAAAGCAUGCUAAAUCGAAAAUCGUUCAACUGACUGAAAUAAAAAAUUCUCUUAGUCGAGAUCUGGAAGAGGCACGCAGUAAGAUUGAAUCUGUUGAGCAAAGUAACCGAGAUGAACAAGAUGUUCGGCUAGCGUUAAUUAAAUCGCAAUAUGAAGGACGCUUGUCACGCCUAGAAAAGGAGCGUGGGGAGGCGCAAGCCGAGAAAAGUAGAGAAGUCGAAGCUUUGAUGCAAAAAGUCAAUUUGUUGCAAAGACAGUUGGCCAGUCAAGCUUCAGUAUCAAAGCAACAAAUUACGGCAGAAAAGUCUACUUCCGAACCACCAACGGCAAACAUCAAACCAAUGGCUGGUGUAGCCCCGCAGAGCGUGUCGGCGAGGGGGCGCGGGGGCGACACGCCGCUGGCGUCGAUCCGGCCCAUGGCGCAGGUGGGCCCCACGGCGCCGCACGACGCGCACACCACCGAGUACAUGCCCGCCUCCUCCUCCCGCCCGCUGACUCGCGCCGCGGUGGCUGCGUCCGCCGCGCCCGCGCCGCCCGAGUCUACCCAGGAUAUGGACACCAGUGAAGCAGGCAUGGCCGGUGCUGGUUCCAGUGACAGCACAACGCAGUCGACAACACAUUCGCAAACUCCUCAGCAGGCGGUGGCUCUAGUAUUGCCCCGCAUCGAACAGCCGAGCGGAACUAGCGGAGCGAGCGGAGCGGCGAACACGCCCGCCACCGCUGCGGCUGGGGUGCAGCCACCUCCCACCGCGCCCGGCUCUGCGAGCACUGUGGGCGGUGCAGCGAGCGGCGCGGGCCCGUCCAGCGUGAGCACGUCACACCCGACGGCGGCGGUGAGCACGUCGCACACGACCGCAGCUGUGGGCACUUCGCAUCCGGCGCCCAUUGUCACCACCUCGCACACCGCUUCCGGAAUCAGCGCGUCACAGUCUGGCGCUGGGGUCAGCACGUCACAUCCCGUCCCGGGGGUCAGCACAUCCCACCCGGCCCCAGGUGUCAGCACGUCACAUCCAGCCGCCGGGGUUAGCACAUCGCACCCGGCCCCAGGAGUCAGCACUUCGCACCCGGCCCCAGGGGUCAGCACGUCGCAUCCGGCCCCAGGUGUCAGCACAUCGCAUCCAGCCCCAGGUGUCAGCACAUCGCAUCCGGCCCCUGGUGUCAGCACAUCGCAUCCGGCCCCUGGUGUCAGCACAUCGCAUCCACCGGCGGACGCGCGCCCGCAGAAACGUCGCCUUCAAGCUAGACCGCUUGCUGCGAAACGUACACGAGUUGAGGGAUUCGAGAGAUCAGAAGAAGUUGAAUACCAAGUACCCACGUCGUCGCGAUGUGAUCAAGAUGACGAAGGUGUUAUUGUGGUUGACUCUGAGGAAGAUGAUGAACGCUGCUCAGGAACUAUGUAUCGAGAAGGCGAAGAAGAUGAUGAGGACAUUGAAGAAGAGCAAGAUGACGAAGCAGGAGAGGAGGAAGAGGAAGUAGAAGGAGAGAACAGUGGAGAUACAACCAGACAGGACUCUCCCGCGCAAUCCCCUGAAGCAGGAGAUGCGGACGAAGCAGGCGAGGCGGGUGAGGUGGGCGAAGUGGAGGGUGCUCCAGACAGCGAGCCCGCUGCGCAGCACCAGCAAAUAGAAGCCAUUAGCAGCGGCACGGAGCCAAGCGGCACUCUAUCGAUUGGCGGUAACGGAGCUGACGAGGGAGACGACAGCAUAGUGCCUUCCACGCCGACUUUAUAUGUUCCUAGGAGAAACGACGGGUUCGGAGAGGCUGUCGUUUCGCCGUUGGGCGGCGCGAACGUUGCGGAGGAGGGCGCGGGAGCGACCGGCGCGCGCUUCACGUUCGCGGAGGCGGCGCACCACGACACGCACGCCGACCUGGCCGCCGCGCUGCCGGCGCAGGGCCACGCGCGUGCUGAAAGUGGUGAAUCUAAUGAGUGGGAAGAAUCGCGUAAUGAAGAAGAGGCCGCUGCAGUCAGCUCGCAGGGAAGCGAACCGUCUUCGCCCCAGCAGGAGGUAGCCGAGGAAGGUCGCGAGGCGGAGGCUAGCUCGAUGCCGCAGCGUGCGUCUCCGGCGUCGCCCGCGCCCGCACACUCGCGGUGGAUGCGUGCCGCAGAUAGUGAGAGUGGAUUACGCGGUCGAGGACGACCCAGAGGGCGGUCACCAAGGCGCUCUCACAACUACAUGAGGUUCUAAUGAGUUAUUACGAGAUGUGAAUAUUUCCUAAGAGACUUCUAUUUACUAAGAAUUGUAAUCGAUUAGUUAAGCUCAUCAUUUUUUAUUGACGACGGAGUGUUUCAUCUGAUUGGCGUACUUAUCAUCCAAAUUAGAUUUAUAUUGUGAAGUUUAUGUGGAAUCUUUAAUAGUGAUUGGUGUUUUAAAGUUUAUCAAAGAUUGAUCGGAAGCCCUAUGAAAUUGAAUAUCAUUAACGAAUUGGAGGGAUUUAAAGGAUGGCUCAAGAACAUUUUUAUGAAAAUCCUGAAUAUAAUCUUCGAAGCUACACAUUAGCGAUUGCGUGUAAUUAGCAAGAAUUGUUUAUACAAUAAUAAAUUAAACAACAAAGGUAAUACUUUAAUUUUGCCAAUACUUUUAAUGUAAAUAUCUAUUAAUAAUUAUUAUAUUUACUACCAUAGAUUAUUGAUUUAUUUUCUACUCAUUGUAACGGAAUUAUGGCAACACCAACAAUAGUAAGUGAGGCAUAACGAAAAAUAAUUUACAUAGUAUGCAUACUAUUUCUAAUUUUUUUUUUCAAACUACUGAUUUUGUAAGAGUUCCUGGACUUUCACAACGAUAUAGACCAGCUCCUUUAACAGUUUGUUGAUCUGUAAGGUGAUUCAUUUAAUAUCAAAUGAGAAACUUAUGAGCUAUUUCAACUAUUGUCAUUUUAUCCUGAAUACUAAAAAGAAAUUCUGCGACAAAAUCUCAUAAUCAAUUAGAUAAAGAUAAUUUUAAUGUAACUGCUUAUUUGUAGUCUGAUUAAUAAGUUGUCAUUUACUGUUUAUACUGUUUAUUGUAUAAGAUUUAAUAUUUAUAAUAAUUCUGAACAUUUCCAGUUUAUUGUAUUACGUAGAAAUAAUAAAUAAUUGUGCUCUG